AUGGUCUGUUUGGUUUUUCAACAAAACAGAGAAGCGAAGAAUGAAGACGUCGUGAAAAACUUCGGAAAACGAAUUUCGAAAAAUAUUUCGGAAAUCUCAAAUCUCGAGGAGCAUUCUUCAUUCUCAAGUGGGAAAAUUCCAGUCGGAUGGGGACUGCUCAGGCUUUUUUGUUUAGUCUUUUUCGGGUUCACUUUGUGUGUGGUCCUCCUGGAAAAAUUGGAGAAAAUUUUGGAAAGAAAUGGGGUUGUAGAGUGA